GUAUUCCGGCAAAGUCGUGCUCGCCUGCUCGGUUCCAACUCCCAACCGCAUAACCGAACCUUUGUACAAAACUUGCCGCCGUUUCCCUUCGAGUCUCAGCUGCCAUGGACGAAAAUGUAUCGUAUCCCUUCAUUGACACCUCUUCAUUCGAUCUAAUCGUCGUCGGAACGGGAUUACCGGAAUCAGUGAUAGCAUCCGCCGCCUCUGCCGCCGGAAAAUCCGUUCUCCACCUCGACGCCAACCCUUUCUACGGCAGUCAUUUCUCGUCUCUUCCACUCGAUAGCUUCACCUCUUUUCUCCAGUCUCAGCAGAAUAUUCCCCAGAAGGAAUACUCUUCAUCAAUAGAAAAUUACAGCCAGAGCGAUUGCGUGGUCGUAGGCCUUGAGUCCCGUUGUCUGUACUCCAACUUUGAGAUCUCCUCUCACGUAUCCCCGGAAUCUCUAGAACCUUCAAGGAAAUUCAGCUUGGAUAUCUCAGGGCCUAGGGUUUUGUUCUGUGCUGAUCCUGCCGUGGAUCUGUUGCUGAAAUCCGGUGCAAGUCACCACAUUGAAUUUAAGAGUAUCGACGCAAGCUUCAUUUACACUGGUGACGGAAGACUUUUGGCAGUGCCGGAUUCUCGAGCAGCAAUUUUCAAGGAUCGGAGUCUUGGAUUGACCGAGAAGAACCAACUGAUGAGAUUCUUCAAGCUCGUUCAAGAGCAUUUCGAAUCAGUUGCUGCUGAUGGUGAUCGGAAAGAAGAAAAGAGGAGGAUUUCAGAGGAAGAUUUGGAGAGUCCGUUUAUUGAGUUUUUGAAUAAGCAGCGUUUGCCGCCAAAGAUAAAAUCUAUUAUUCUAUAUGCAAUAGUCAUGGCAGAUUGUGAUCAAGACCACCCAGAGAUAUCAGAGAAUCUAGUCAAGACAAAAGAUGGAAUAGAGAAAUUAGCCCUCUACCACUCUUCAGUUGGCAGGCUUGCAAAUGCAUCAGGGGCAUUUAUUUAUCCUAUUUAUGGCCAAGGAGAACUACCACAAGCUUUUUGCCGUUGUGCUGCUGUUAAGGGUGCUCUCUACGUCUUGCGUAUGCCAGUGACAGCUCUGCUUCUUGACAAGGAAAGUAGCCAUUACAAAGGUGUUCGGCUGGCAUCCGGUCAGGAAAUGUUCUUCCAUCAUCUGGUUGUGGAUCCAUCAUAUGUAGUCCCAUCAUCAUCAAUCUUGUCACUUACUGUAGAUUUGCAGCAAAAAAGUGCUCACGGUUCUAGUCUGGCAGUAGUCAAAGGAAAAGUGGCUAGGGCAAUAUGUGUUACGAGGGGUUCUGUCAAGCCAGAUUUAUCAAAUCUGUUGUUGGUAUUUCCUCCUAGAUCUUUGAACUCCAAGCAAGUAAAAUCAAUUCGAGCUCUUCAGUUAGGCAGCAAUUUAGCUGUUUGUCCUUCAGGCCUGUUUCUUUUAUAUCUUUCGACUGUCUGUGAUGAUGCUAUUCAAGGGAAGGAGUCACUACAUGCAGCCAUGGAUGCACUUUUUACACCUGUUUCUGAAGACAAUGAUAGCACAUCAGUAGUAAGUAAGGAUAUGGAAGGACAGACCAAGCCCUCUUUACUGUGGAGUGCCAUGUAUAUUCAGGAGAUGGCAAUGGGUUCAUCAGACACUAUCAGCUUCUGCUGCAUGCCAGAUGGGAAUUUAGACUACUGUGAUCUCUUAAAAUCAACUGUUGAGUUGUUCCGUGAGAUGUAUCCCAUGGAAGAAUUAUUUCCACAAACCACGGCUGAGAAAAUUGAGGAUGAUGGCGACUCGCUGGACUAGAACCAUCUACUGGAUCAUUUUUAUUGAGUUUCCAGGGAUUAUAAUGACAACUGCAAGCCUGAAUCAACGUCUUCACAGGUGGAACCUUCCAUGAAACAGUUCAAUAGCCCUAAGAUACUUAGAUUUUAUGCAAAAAUGGCUAAUGUGCAUAUUCAUGUACACAUCGAGGGCUUUGCACAAAGGUGUUUACUUAGAAAUUUUUGUAUUGUGAGUUUGUUCCAUGUGUGCUCUGUUAGUAUGUGUUUUACAUUUUUGUUGGAGCUUGAGCAAAUAGAUAUAAAGGGUACUGUCUGGGCCUACAAAUUUGCUCUGGCAAGUAAACAGAAUCCACCCCACGGUCGUUCAUUUUUUGUUCUUGUUUUGUAUGUAUUAGUGGGGCCGAGGGCAAUCGUGCACCAAGCGCUGCAGCUGGGGGGCCUGGGGGAUCAAAUCAAAUGAUUCGCACCGCCUGUUGUUUGCUUUUGCCAUUUUUCAACUGCUGGACUAAAUACUACAUGAAUGGAUUCGAACUCCGUAUACACAAGCAGGUGAUUGACGUCAUUAGUUUGAAGGCCGGAAGAAAUUCACCCCGAUUACCAUUGAACCAUGUGUUGAGCCUUGAGGUUGAGGUUACACAGGCAGAUUAAUCCUUAACAAUCACCAACAGCACAUUUUAAGAUAAGCUAACCAGAGCGAGCUAUCAUCAUUGUGAUUUAAUAUCAAUAUCGGGAACUAAGAGAAAACGCAGGGUAUUUCUCUUUGCAUGGUUGUUGCGCUUGCUUGUUUCAGUCCCAUUGACUUCAUUACAGAAGUGCUUGCUGUUGCAUCACUUCAGUGGCAAUAGCAUUUGCUCAUGUUUCUUCA